AUGAGCCUUUGUACUUUAGAUGGAUUUGACCAAUCAAAUUCUAGGUACUUUUACACUAGAUGUUCUAGAUGUGAUAAUGAGAUAUUUCAUCAACCUUUCCUUUUUUUCUACGGAAUUUCAACAAAAUUGGUCAUGAUUUUUCGGCGUUCACCUAAAAUAAAUGGCCGUAACGUUCUUUCGGCGCUCCGAUUUCGAGCAAGAGUUUUGUCAUAUAAAACACCUCUUUUACAUAAAAUUUCAUACCAAGCCGGUCUUAAGCAACCACUUGGUUCAUAUAAAAGUUUUUUAACCGCCUCUUCUCGAAGCUAUGCGUCGGUCACAAAUCAAGAAGUCGAUCCUCGUCUUACUGUAGAGCGUUUUAUUGACGAGACUGACGUCGUUAUAGUUGGUGCUGGUCCAUCAGGAUUAUCAGCCGCAAUUCGCUUAAAACAAUUGGCAAAUGCAGAAGGAAAAGAAGUUAGAGUAGUAGUUAUUGAAAAAGCUAGUGAACUCGGUGCUCAUACUGUUUCCGGUGCAGUUAUUGAGCCUAGAGCAUUAAAUGAACUUCUACCUGAUUGGAAAGAACGAGGGGCACCAUUAAAUCAACCAGUACUUAAAGACGAAAUGAGAUUUUUCACAGAAAAGUUGUCCAUUCCUCUUUUUCCUCUCCCAUCAUUGAUGAAGAAUAAAGGCAAUUAUAUCGUUAGCUUGAACAAUUAUGUAAAAUGGCUAGGUGAACAGGCUGAAGAAGUUGGAGUAGAAGUUUAUUCGGGGUUUUCUGCAAGUGAGGUUUUAUAUAAUGAGGAUGGUAGUGUGCGUGGCAUUGCCACAAAUGAUAUGGGUCUUGAUAAAGACUUUAAACCGAAAGAAAAUUUUGAACGUGGUAUGGAAUUUCAGGCCAAAAUCACUCUAUUCGCUGAAGGUUGUCAUGGGUCUCUUACUAAAACCUUGAUGAGAAAAUUUAACCUUCGUGAGGGUAGACAACAACAAACUUAUGCAAUUGGAAUUAAGGAAGUUUGGGAAAUCGAUCCUGCAAAGCAUAUUCCAGGUUACUGCUUACACGCAACAGGAUGGCCCCUUGACUAUAAAACCUACGGCGGAGGAUUCAUGUAUCAUAUGGAAAAUAAUAUAGUGCAAUUAGGUUUCAUAAUUGCUUUGGACUAUCAAAACACUUAUUUGCAUCCAUACAAGGAAUUUCAAAGAUAUAAAUCUCAUCCAUCUAUCAGGAAACAUCUUGAAGGUGGAAAGGUUAUAUCUUAUGGAGCAAGAGCUUUAAAUGAGGGUGGAUAUCAGUCAAUUCCCAAAUUAGUUUUCCCUGGAGGUGCUCUUAUUGGUUGUACUGCCGGAUUUUUAAAUCUUCCUAAAAUAAAAGGGACGCACAAUGCAAUGAAAUCCGGGAUGCUUGCUGCUGAAGCUGCGUAUGACGCCAUAACAUCUGAAUCAUCAUCCGGUCCUAUUACACUCACUGCCUAUGAAGAAUCAAUUCAAAAUUCAUGGGUAUACAAAGAAUUGUAUGAUGUGAGAAAUAUUAGACCUUCAAUGAAUUCACCUCUUGGAGUAUACGGAUUUAUCUUAUAUUCUGGUAUGGAUAUGUUAUUUUUGAAAGGAAGAACUCCAUGGACAUUUAAACACCAUCAUCCAGAUCAUUCCUCGUUAAAACCAGCCAAAGAAUGUAAACCAAUAGAAUAUCCUAAACCUGACGGCGUUAUAACGUUCGAUCUGCUUGAGAGUGUUUCUCGAAGUGGAACAACCCAUACAGAGAAUCAACCUGUGCAUUUACGUGUUCGAGAUAAAAAGUUGCCUGUUGAUGUCAAUUUGAAAAUUUAUGAUGGGCCUGAAGGAAGAUUUUGUCCAGCUGGUGUGUAUGAAUUUGUUGAUGACGAAAAUAAUCCAAACGAAAAACGAUUACAAAUUAAUUCACAAAACUGUGUACAUUGUAAAACCUGUGAUAUCAAGGAUGUAUCACAGAAUAUUGAUUGGGUAACACCUGAAGGUGGAAAUGGGCCAAAAUAUGUUUUGACUUAA